GAGGACUAGAGGGGGGCGGAGCUUUCAUCGCCAGUAGUGUAGAGUGUAUGGUCCGUGUGUCCGCUCGUCCGGCUUCUACUGUGCGAAGGUUUAUUCUGCUGCUGCUGCAGGAUGGCGACAGCUGCGGCCGCGGCCAGCAGCGCCGAGAGGGGUGUGCUGGAAGAAGAGUUCCAAUGGCUUCUGAAGGAAGAGGUGCAUUCUGUUUUGAAGCAGCUGAAGGAUAUCCUGAAGGAGGCUUCCCGUAGCUUCACCCUCCCCAGCGUAACAGCAGAUGGCGCCACCAAGCAGGAGAACUUUGUCCUGGGAAGCUCCAGCACAGAUCCGGUGAAAGGAGAGCUGACGUUACAAGGAGACACCCUGUGCCAGGCCGAGGUGAAUCUCAAAGUGGCGAGGACCAGUCAGCUCCUUCACUUUGCUUUCCGGGAUGACAAGCAGUGGAAAAUGCAGCAGAUCCAGGACGCCAGGAAUCAUGUGAAUCAGGCUAUUUAUCUGCUCACCAACCGGGGUGAGAACUACACAUUCCAAACCGGGGCUGAGGUGCUUAAGCUGAUGGAUGCCGUAAUGCUGCAACUAACCAGAGCCCGAAAUCGCCUCACUACCCCAGCCACCAUGACCCUGCCUGAGGUGGCCACGAGUGGACUUACGAAAAUGUUCACUCCCGCACUCCCCUCGGACAUUCUCCUCAACUUCUAUGUGAAUGUGAAUAAGCUCUGCUUACUGGUCUACCAGCUGCACGCCCUGCAGCCCAACUCCACCAAGAAUUUCCGACCGGCUGGCAGUUCUGUCCUGCAUAAUCCCGGAGCUAUGUUUGAGCUGAACAACCAGCGCUUUGAAGUCAGUAAUGUACAUAAAGUGGAGUGUGUGGUUCCGUGGCUGAACGAUGCGCUGGUCUUCUUCACCGUAUCUCUCCAGCUCUGUCAGCAACUGAAGGACAAAAUCUCCAUUUUCUCCAGCUACUGGAACUUCAGGCCAUAGUAAGCUUGUCGGUGUCCUUCCCCGUCCUCUGCCUCCAGUCACGUAUGGUCUUCACGGGCAGAGGAUUGAGGCAUCCUAGAUGGGUGCUGGUGUCUGUAUGGAGUAUGGACAACGUUGCGUUGUGACCUUGCUGCUGGCUGGAGGACUCUUUAUGUCCCGUAGGAAAUCGGACUCCUGGGAUCCACGCCCCAGUGACAAGUCACAUUCCGUACCUGGAUAAUGGCAAACCAGAACUUGGGUCAUAAUGCAUGAAUGUUAUAAUUUGAUGUAUAUUUGGCAUUUAGUCCCUCCCUUGAAUGGAUAGUCUGUGUGUCCUUUGUUAAAGGUUGGAACCACAAGGGCAGUAGUUUACCAAUUUAGGAGGAUGAUCGUGGCAAGGUUUUUUUAAUCUUCUUUAUAUGAGGAUGACCAGAUGAGCCUGCACGGAACAUAUGUAACCAUACUCUACUCAUGCACUACCGUUACGUCAUUGGGCGACGUCCAGAACUUCCGUCUCCAGUUUGUGGCUGAUGGUCCGAUCUCUGUGUAAACCACCGUUACCUGCCGGAAGAUAAAUCGUCCUGAUCUUUGCUUUGUGCUCUGGAUUGUGUGUAUCGGAUAUAAUUUACAGUAGGGUGUUCAAGCAUAUAUUCAUAAUCAGGUCUCAGAUAACAGACUAGAUAUUCCUAAUCAAUACCAGUGUGUCCUCUGUCAGAUAUUAGGUGAGGACCUGCCUAUUAUAACUGUAUUUAGACGAGGCCGUCACAGUAUAAAGUUACAGUAAGAAGAUUUAAUACAUAGAAAAUAAGAACAAUCCAGCUGGUUGUUUUUAAAUGUGCAACACGUAUAUUUAUUAGCGGGAGCCCAGGCACUGCAAUUCAUGUUUAAAUUGCAUAAAAGUGUACCAGCGUGUAGUAUAAUUAUGUGAGAAAAAUGAAGGGGUCACUGUAAUGUGACUUUUCUACACUAUAUAGUUACUUUGUUACUAGAGGCAUUAUGUGCACUACAUAUUAAUGUUUUACAAAAUAUUUGAAGUAGAAGAGAAGACUCUAGACCAGGCGUGUCCAAACUGUGGCCCUCCAGCUGUUGAGAAACUACACAUCCCAG